UUGUGGCUAGUUUAGAAUUUUAAAUGGAAUCUAUUAGUGAAGAUCAUACUUGCCCUAUUUGUUGGGAAGUUCUUAUUUAUCCAGUCAGUACUAAGUGCAAGCAUAUCUACUGAAGCCAGUGAAUUCAUAGCUACCUCCUAGCUGCCAAGCAGAAGUGAUGUCCGAUGUGCAGGACUCAGCUAAUCAUGCAAAGAUUCAACCCACCAGUAAUCAAGAAGCUAUGGGAUUCUCUUCAGAGAAAAUAUCCUGAAGAAAUUGAAUUAAAGAAACCAGCACAUGAUGCUUAUUUAGCCGAGCAUAGAAGACAAAAAGACAUUAAGAACAGCAUAAAGAUUCAUUUUAACUACGGUUACAUCCUUCAUACUCCUUACUCACCUCAUAAGACCAUUUCUCAGAAAGAUGUUAGCCUUUACAUUUCUCUGAAAGACUCAAAAAUUAAUGAAAACUCUUUAAUCCAAAAAGUCGAUUUUAAGAUAGAAACUCCUCCUCGUGCUCGCUUAAGGAAGUAUUCUCCAUUUACAACCACGAUGAAGAAGGUCUAUACUGGUAAUUCUGAGGAGACUCCGACUGAACCAAUUCCUGCUUUUAUAAAAGUGACAUGGCAACGCUGGACCAAAUUACCUCCUUCAACGUACACUCUCGGUCUGGAUCUUACCGGAAUUGAAGAGAAUUAUCUAGAAAUAGAGCCCGGUCUUGGAGCUACCAAAAACUUCCAAAGUUCUGACUUCGUCUAUGUGCACAAGACUCUGACGAAGAAAAUUCUUGACAAAAGAUAUUAGAGUACUAGCUCUAGUACUUUCAGGCAAAAAUUAAUAGUCAGUUUAUUUAUGAAAAUUUCA